AUGGCCAAUGAAACAAGCAAGACCAUAGAUGGAACAGGGGUUAUCGAUCUAGAUCCGUACCUACGACCCUAUGAAGACGCGCUAAAGAACAGGUACAAGCGUACAACAGAGUGUAUUGAGAAGAUAAAUAGGCUGGAGGGUGGACUUGAUAGGUUUAGCAAAGGAUAUGAGAGACUCGGGCUGAAUGUGCAAAGCAAUGGUGAUAUAGUCUACCGGGAAUGGGCGCCAAAUGCUACUGAUGCUCAUCUCAUUGGGGAUUUCAAUAACUGGAAUCGUACGGCGACGCCGAUGAAGAAAGAUGCCUUUGGGGUGUGGGAGGUCACCGUCCCCGCGCGCAAUGGAGUGCCGGCAAUACCACAUGAAAGCAAAAUUAAGAUCACGAUGAUGACCCCUGACGGGGAGCAUAUUGACCGCAUCCCAGCAUGGAUCAAGAGAGUCGUCCAGGACCUUGAUGUCUCACCUGUCUACGAAGGGCUAUUUUGGAACCCUCCUGAUGAAGACAAAUACCAAUUUAAGAAUCCCCGGCUUAAGAAACCGGAGAGCUUGAGAAUAUAUGAGGCUCAUGUCGGUAUAUCUUCACCAGAACCGGCCGUUGCAACCUACAAGAACUUCACGGAGAAGAUGUUGCCGCGUAUUAAAUACCUUGGCUAUAAUGCGAUUCAGCUGAUGGCAAUCAUGGAGCAUGCAUAUUAUGCUAGCUUUGGAUACCAGGUCAACAACUUCUUUGCCGCAAGUAGUCGAUACGGGAAUCCCGAAGAUUUGAAAGAGCUUAUAGAUACUGCCCAUGAACUGGGAUUAGUCGUUCUUCUCGACGUGGUUCACAGCCAUGCGUCAAAAAAUGUCCUAGAUGGGUUGAAUAUGUUUGAUGGGACCGAUCACCUCUAUUUUCAUUCUGGACCGAAAGGGAACCAUGAUCUUUGGGACAGCCGUCUCUUCAACUAUGGGCAUCAUGAAGUUCUUCGAUUCCUCUUAAGCAAUUUGCGCUUCUGGAUGGAAGAAUAUCAAUUCGAUGGCUUCCGCUUUGACGGUGUCACAAGUAUGCUCUAUACACAUCAUGGGAUUGGAACUGGAUUCUCUGGUGGUUACCAUGAAUAUUUCGGGCCGGCCGUCGACGAAGACGGCUUAACAUAUCUCAUGCUGGCAAACGAAAUGCUCCACCAACUCUACCCGAACUGCAUCACGGUGGCAGAGGAUGUAUCAGGAAUGCCGGCGCUGUGUUUGCCAUUUUCCCUCGGAGGUGUUGGGUUUGACUACCGGCUGGCGAUGGCAAUUCCUGACAUGUACAUCAAGCUUCUGAAGGAGAAACGAGAUGAAGAGUGGGAUAUGGGCAAUCUCGCUUUUACUCUGACAAAUCGCCGCCACGGAGAAAAAACAAUAGCAUACGCUGAAAGCCACGACCAGGCGCUGGUGGGUGAUAAGACGCUGAUGAUGUGGCUUUGCGACAAGGAAAUGUACACAAAUAUGUCAGUAUUAACAGAGUACACGCCUAUAAUUGAGCGCGGCAUGAGUCUUCACAAAAUGAUUCGCCUGCUCACACACAGCCUCGGAGGCGAAGGGUAUCUGAAUUUUGAAGGAAACGAGUUUGGCCAUCCUGAAUGGCUUGACUUUCCCCGUGCUGGAAAUAACAAUAGCUUCUGGUAUGCUCGGAGGUUAUUGAACCUGACCGAGGAUAGUCUUCUGCGUUACAAAUUUCUCAACGAGUUCGAUCGCAAGAUGCAGUUGACCGAAGAGAAAUAUGGAUGGCUCCAUGCACCGCAAGCAUAUAUUAGCCUCAAACACGAGGAGGAUAAAGUCAUUGUGUUCGAGCGGGCAGGGUUGCUAUGGGUGUUCAACUUCAAUCCAACCAAAAGCUUUGCGGACUAUCGAGUCGGGGUCGAACAGCCAGGCACAUAUCGGAUCGUUAUCGACACCGAUGAUUGCGAGUUUGGCGGGUUCAACCGCAACGCGAAGGAUACAAGAUUCUUCACCACUGGCGAGGCGUGGAAUGGACGCAAGAACUAUGUGCAAGUGUACAUCCCUUCGCGGACCGCAGUGGUCCUUGCACUUGAAAGCUCUCUUUAGAGCAGAGCUUUCGUAU